AAAUACAAGUGUACAAGUCUACCUGUAACAACUUUUAGACUGUAGCAUACACGACACGGCUUACGUUCAUUACUACAGCUAUGAGGGUCUUACUGAUAUUCGCGGCAAUGGUGGCCAUGGCAAAUGGUUGUGGGCAGCCAAUGAUCGCGCCUAGGACUGCUGGAACGUCACGUAUUGUCGGGGGAGAGGACGCGAGACACAACAGCUGGCCGUGGCAAGUGUCCCUGCAAACGUCCAGCGGCGCGCACUUCUGCGGCGGGACCCUGAUAGCUCCACAGUGGGUGCUGACUGCAGCACACUGCAACCAAGAUUUGGCGACAGUCAGGGUUGUUCUGGGAGAACAUGACCUGUCCAGUGCCUCUGAGUCCGUCCAGGUGGCCAGCAUUGUCGGCGCGUUACCUCAUCCAAACUACAACCCACAGACUGUUGAGAACAACAUCAUGCUGAUCAAGUUAGCCAGCCCGGCUAACAUCGGCAGGACCGUGGACGUGGCCUGCCUGCCUCGGGCCGGGAGCGGUUACCCGGACGGGAUGAUGUGCUGGAGCACCGGCUGGGGGUUCACGUCGGAGAACGGACCUAUUGGUGAUAAGCUGCAACAGGCCGACCUCCCGUUGCUAAGCGACAGAGAGUGCAGCUCCCAUUGGUCUGAUUUCUACAAACCUGACAGUAUGAUCUGUGCCGGGGCGGAGGGUGCAGGCGAGGAUGGGGCAUGCAGGGCUGACUCUGGAGGCCCUCUUGUCUGUGAGAUAAACGGGUCGUACCAUCUGGUGGGGGUGGUCAACUUCGGUCACGACACCUGCAGCACCAGCUACCCGACAGUCUUUGCGCGUGUCAGCGCCUUCCGCAGCUGGAUUGACCGCGUCAUGGCAACCUAUAGCUAGUAAUCUGAUUGGUCGCAUCGGUUGCCAUAGAAACCAGCACUGGAUGCUGCGUGUUUUUGUGAAAUCGAUAAAAAAGAAUUACUGCAUUUCUUUCCUC